UUCAGAUUUUCAGAAAUCGCAUAGACGUCAACCAUAAGGACUGGCACCAGAAGCGAUAGAUAUGCUGGCAGUAGUGUUAGUGGGCGCGUUAAUCGCCCAGUCGAGCCUCGCGGCGCCGUCACCCAACUGCGCCGAAUUGUGCGAGGAUCAAAAUGUCGGUAGCUACGGGCAGAGCAAGAGCUCCAGCAGCUACAGCAGCUACUCAAAGUCCAGUUAUGGGCACGGGAUACCGGGUAUGUCGGGCUCGGGAAGCCUCGGUUUGGCCGGCAGCCGGCUCGAGAACUUGGACGAGAACGUGAUCGGCACGAGUGGCCUGAGCCGCCCGGGCAACUGGCAGGACGAGAAGCACUUCGUAACGGACGACGGUAGGGGCCAGAUGAGUUACCGCGCCGGCCAGACGGUCAGCAACAACGGCUUCUCCAAGUACGCCCAGCACAGCUAUAGCUACGGCAGCCACGAGUCCCACGCCCCGCUCUCCAACUCCCAGGUCCUCUCCACGGAGCAGUUUGGCCGCGAGUUGCAGAGCAUGCGCAAUCGCAUCAGCAGCUUCAUGGGCAAUUUCCACCUCGAUAUCGGCUCGAACGUCAACACCAACGUUCUCCAGGACUUCAAGAGCAAAGCCGAUCUUCUUGGUAGCCAGUUGAACAACGCGUGCAACCAGGUCGACGUCGGAAGCUCCACUUACCAGCAGAUGCAGCAGAUAAUUAGCCAAUUCCAUCGCGACGUCGACAAGAAGCAGCGCGAGAUGGAGAAUCUCAUCUAUCAAAACUCCGGCGUUGGUGUUAGUAGUAGCAACAUCGGCAGCAGCAGCAGCACGACUCACGGCUCCGUCUAUCGUUAUCCCGUGGCCACCUCGGCGCAGCACGAGGAGCAAGUGUCGAAAGUGCAGAGCCUCAUCAGCAGCUUUUACACGACCUUCAAUCGGCCCGACACCAAUUUCCAGUACCAGCAGGACCUCAACGCCCAGGUGGACGCCAUCAAUGCCAAGCUGGCCGAGCUCAACUACGAGUCGACUCAAAACGACUCGGAUCGCGCGCGCAUCGACCACCUCAAGAGGCAGUUCGAGACGUACGUGACGCAAAUACGGCUCCGCAUCCAGGAGAUCGAGCGCCGGAACCAGGAGGAGGAGGCCAGGCGCAAGGACAGGGAGCUUCAGCUGAAGCUGGAAAAGCAGCAGCAGGAGGAGAAGCUUCGACAGGAGGAAUUGCUGCGCGCUCAACAGCAGGAGGAGGAGAGGCUGCGUCUGCAGCAUCAGGAGGAGGAGAGGCUGCGGCUGCAGCACCAGGAGGAGGAGAGGCUGCGUCUGCAGCAUCAGGAGGAGGAGCGACUGCAGCUGCAGCGCAAGCAGGACGAAGAGAACAAGCGGGCGCGACAGGAGCAGGAGCAACAGGCGCGACUAGUCCUAUCCAAUGCGCAACAGAGUAGCGUAAAAAUUACGGGCGGUUCGAUGUACGAGCAGAGCGGAAGGGGCUACGGGAGCCAGACGCAAAGCGCCGGUUCCGCUUACACCGAGUCCCACGGCUACGGCGGCCACACCAAGCCUCAGCCCGUCAUACAGCCCCACGUGGACCUCACGGCGGCAAUGAGCCGACUCCAGCAGGACCUCAACAGGCUGCAGACCGAGGUGAACAACUUCAAUAUGUAUACGAUGCGGCUGACGUCAGCGAACAGCGUGACCGUCGUGGGUGAGGCCGAGCGCCAGGCCGAGCAGUUGCGCGAGCGCAUCAACAACCUCUGCGAGACGAGCAGCAGAUACCAGAAUCAGAAUGUACUGUUGAGCGCCGAGGAUCUCGGCAAACACUUCGAGGACCUCUUCCGCACGUUCCAAAAUCAGGCGGCUAACUAUUCCCAGCAGCAGGGCGGCGGCUCAUCAUCCUCCUCCGGCUUCUCGGCCUCGAGCGGCUAUUCGUCCGAGUCCUCGUACGGCAGCUCCGGGCGCUACAGCUCGUCGCGCGCCCCCGCCAUCACCAACGUCGAGUACGAGCACUCAAAAUCCGUGGAGCUCGAGGUGGGCAGGAAGCCGGGCCGUUCGCAGAGCUACACCACCUCAAUCGGCUCCGCUUAUGGCGCGACGAGCUCCUACGGGGCCCAGGGCGUCGACGGCAAAUUCCGAACCGGUCUCAUCGACCUCGGACAGAGCGGCUCCGGUGCUCGCCAGGUCGAUUGCGUGGAGAUGUUCGCCGGUCAGCCGUGCGUCGAGCAACCGAGGAGAUAUCGCAGACACGUGGGAGAACAAGAAUACAGUUAUUUUUCCGAUUUAAAUCAGAAAGCGGAAGAUAUCACUCAGCAACAUCAACAACAUUCUACCGAUCACUUUCAAUAUAAUCAACAAGUCCAAUUACCUCGAGAAUCGAGACCCAGUCGAAAUCAAAAUUUCGAUCGGCAAUCAGAAUUAUCACAGCAGACGGAAGAUCUAUCACAACAAAAUGUUCAUAUUGGAUUAGAAUCUUUCCAACAGCCGCGAAGCAAAAAAUUCAAUUCAACGCAUCAAGCGCCUAAUCAAGUCCAAGCACCAAAAUCCCCAACUACCGAAAUUCAACAAAAUAAUUAUAAUGAUAAAUAUACGGCUCAACAAAAAAUUAUUAGUUUAACUCCGGAACCACCACGCGUACAACCAAUAACCCUUGGGAAGUCUAAACCUGAGCAGGAAAAUCCAAAUCUACAGUUUCGUCCAGAAACAGAAACAUUUAUUUUAAAAGAAAGUAAUUUUAAUAAUUAUCAGCAACGCAAUGACUUUGAUCAAAUUCAUAAUAACGAUCAGACACAAAAGCCACAUGGCCUUACACUGGGAAUACAACAAAUCCAACAAAACAUCGACAAUUUAUCUCAACAGCAUCAGUCGGUCGAAACAGUCGAUACAAAUCAGGCCAAUGAGUAUUUGCAACGUCUGGGCGGUGAAAGUACCACGGUAAGGCAUCAAGCUAUUAAGCCAUUGAUAAAGCCAGUUUCAAGAUAUUCAAAACCAUGGCAAAUACACGAAUUUCAACAUACUACACCACAGCAACUACAAAAUAACCAAAAAGAGACCGAGGUAGAAAGUGUUGACAUUCAACGGCCUCUCGCUUCACAAAAUCUUAAUAAUGACAGGCCCUCGGUAGAUCCUAAAGGUAAUUUGUUUAAGCACUCUCAAGUGUCUACAAUGCCAUCAGCCGUAAAAGACGAGCUAAACGAUUAUCAAAAGUCCUCGUUAGAUUCUGAUCUCGGACAGCAGCACGAGCAAGUAGGUUCGCAUGACUUACAAGAACAAAGAGAUAACGUUCGAUUUCAUCAUCUAUUAAAGCCUACGAGAGUAGAGGAGAGGCAAGAGUCCUUAUAUGAUUUUAAUAAAAAUCAAGAAAAUCAACAGCAACGAGUAGCUAAUAAUCACAAUUUCAAUUCAAGCCAAUUCGAAGAAAGAGAUUUUAAUCAACAAACGCAAGAGGUAUCUUACGACGGGCAAUCUAGUCAAUUAGAAUUUGACGUACAGCGCCAAAAAACAAAGAGUAAUUUAGAGGAAGGCACAUUGUCAGUGAAUAAAACAAAAUCCAUUUAUUCAACAGCGGAAGUCGAAGCCAGUACUACGCCGAGCACAUUUUGGAAGAGAGUAGGUCACAAGUUAUCAGACUCUUUUAACAAGGUCAAAGAGAGGACAAAAGCUAUCUUUAGUCAAGAUUAGAGCUCUCGCUCGUUACAAGUUUACCAUAAACUUACAAUUUAUCAUCCGAUUAACUUGACUGGAGACUUCACCAACGUUAACGCAUGUAAUAAAACAGUGUUAUCUCUAUUUAUCAUAAUUUUGAGUAUAUCCUAAUUUAAUUAUAUCCAUCGUAUCUUAAGCUCUCUAUUUAAAUCUAUCAAUUUUCAAGGAUGUAAUAGC